UAGUGCGGGAUCCAGCGAGUAAGAAGUCAGCACAUGCUCACAAAGCUACGCUCAUGUGUUACAUCUUUUGUUUUUCUGGCGUUUGCAGCGGCAGAGUCCAUCGGUCGGUUGCGUGAUUGGGAGCUAUUUGGGCAAUCAUGGCUGAUGAACAGGAGAUCAUGUGCAAAUUAGAAAACAUUAAGGAGAUAAGAAAUAAGACCAUCCAGAUGGAGAGGAUAAAAUCACGUCUGAAGAGUGAGUUUGAGGCCUUGGAGUCAGAGGAGAAGCAUCUGAAGGAAUACAAGCAGGAGAUGGACCUUCUGCUGCAGGAGAAGAUGGCACAUGUAGAGGAGCUGCGACUGAUCCACGCUGACAUCAAUGUGAUGGAAAACACAAUCAAGCAGUCAGAGAACGACCUGAACAAGCUGUUGGAGACGACGAGACGCCUCCACGAGGAGUACAAGCCCCUGAAGGAGCACGUGGACGCUCUGAGGGUGGGCCUGGGCCUGCAGAGGCUCCCGAACCUGAGCGACGAGGAGGAGAAGCUCUCCCUCGACUACUUCGAGAAGCAAAAGGCAGAGUGGCAAGUAGAACAGCAAGAGCCUCCCAUCCCAGAAUCCCUUGCGGCGGCGGCCGCAGCCGCUCAACAGCUCCAGGUCUCCCGGAAGCAGGACUCCCGCCAGACUGCCGCUUUCCGGCAGCAACCCCCACCCAUGAAGGCCUGCCUUUCGUGUCAUCAGCAAAUUCACCGUAAUGCACCAAUAUGUCCGCUCUGCAAGGCCAAAAGUCGUUCCAGGAACCCCAAGAAACCCAAAAGGAAGCAAGACGAAUGAUGAUGGAGAGAAAACGUCCCUGGCUUAUGAAACACACAAAAAUAAAAUAAAGCAUAUUUACAUGUGAUGUAAGCACAAACAUUUUCCUUUUAGGAAAGCUGUGAAAGUAUUUGCGUUCAUAUGAUGUAGUGUAGCUAAAUGAAGGAAUUUCAGGAUGUGUGUGUAAAAUUAGGUUACAUUGAUCAGUGGUGCCAAAUUGACCCAUGAUGCAUGGAUUAUUGAAGUUAAUUAUGCUUUUUGUGUUUACAGAAGGGGAGCUUGAUGUAAAUGUGGUGUAAGCAGUCUUACUUCUGGCUAAUCUAACUUGGAGAAGUGGAGCAUUUGGUGCUGGUGUUAAUUUGGUGUGAUAAUUACAAUUAAGUGCUACCGAGUUAUGUACCAAAUCCAGAAGGCAGCCUGCCGCUCUAAGCUGGUGUAAGUGUGAGAUAUCCGUGCUUUUGUCGCAGUAGUGAUUGGCUUGAGCCUUUACUGCCAGUCAGUGUCACAGUUGUUAUCUAAACCCAAUUAAUGAGUAAUCUGUGCAAUGAGCACUGUACCCUGAGGGAUGCCAUCACGCCAAAUUGAAGGAACAAUGGUCUAAGGGAUUGGUGUGUGGAUAUUGGUGUAUGCGGACAUUGGUGUAUGCGGACAUCGGUGUAUGUGGGCAUUGGUGUACGGAACAUUAAUUCAUAUAAAAGAAAACCUUAAAAUUUCAAAGGCCUAAGGUCAUCAUCUGUAAUGUAAUGCUGACAGUGAUUCAUUCUCUUGUCCUUAUAUUAUUCGUGCAGUUCAUUGAUAUACAGUAUUUAGGUGUAGAACAUGCCAGUCACUUUUGUAUUUUAGGUGCCGUUUUUAAUGAUUGUGUGUCUCGUCUUCUCAUACGGUGUCGUCUGCACUUAACCUUGUAACGGAGUGGUCCUGCUGGAAGAGUAUCGUAUUUCGGAGAAACGUGUUAAGCUGUGAUCGAGGUUGGCAAGUUGUAUUGUGAUGUGUAAUGGAAUGUGAGGAGAGCUGUGCUUAUACUGUCUGAAUCCAUAACUUACUGUUCUAGUCAACAUGGAUAAAUGUUUUAUGCACAGAAAAACCCACAGCCAGUCCUAAAGGUGUUUAAUGAUAAUCCAGCUUUUCCAGUAUGAGGUAAAUUUCUUUUGUUCAGACAAAACACUCUAUGUAAAUGUAAAUGUGUUGGCAUUUUUGUUUACGGUUCCAUUUUCUUGCUUAGUAAGUUCUCAGUAACCAAAAUAUGUCUUAACAGCACUGAAAAGAAUAUACCAAAUCCGUGUUCCUCAGCCCGGUCCUCGGCAAGCCCCAGACACCACACAUUUUUGCUCCCUGCCAGACACCACACAUUUUUGCUCCCUGCCAGACACCACACAUUUUUGCUCCCUGCCAGACACCACACAUUUUUGCUCCCUGCCAGACACCACACAUUUUUGCUCCCUGCCAGACACCACACAUUUUUGCUCCCUGCCAGACACCACACAUUUUUGCUCCCUGCCAGACACCACACAUUUUUGCUCCCUGCCAGGCACCACACGCUUUUUUCUCCCUGCCAGGCACCACACGUUUUUACUCCCUGCCAGGCACCACACGUUUUUUGCUCCCUGCCAGGCACCACACGUUUUUUGCUCCCUGCCAGGCACCACACGUUUUUUGCUCCCUGCCAGGCACCACACGUUUUUUGCUCCCUGCCAGGCACCACACGUUUUUUGCUCCCUGCCAGGCACCACACGUUUUUUGCUCCCUGCCAGGCACCACACGUUUUUUGCUCCCUGCCAGGCACCACACGUUUUUUGCUCCCUGCCAGGCACCACACGUUUUUUGCUCCCUGCCAGGCACCACACGUUUUUUGCUCCCUGCCAGGCACCACACGUUUUUUGCUCCCUGCCAGGCACCACACGUUUUUUGCUCCCUGCCAGGCACCACACGUUUUUUGCUCCCUGCCAGGCACCACACGUUUUUUGCUCCCUGCCAGGCACCACACGUUUUUUGCUCCCUGCCAGGCACCACACGUUUUUUGCUCCCUGCCAGGCACCACACGUUUUUUGCUCCCUGCCAGGCACCACACGUUUUUUUGCUCCCUGCCAGGCACCACACGUUUUUUUGCUCCCUGCCAGGCACCACACGUUUUUUGCUCCCUGCCAGGCACCACACGUUUUUUGCUCCCUGCCAGGCACCACACGUUUUUUGCUCCCUGCCAGGCACCACACGUUUUUUGCUCCCUGCCAGGCACCACACGUUUUUUGCUCCCUGCCAGGCACCACACGUUUUUUGCUCCCUGCCAGGCACCACACGUUUUUUGCUCCCUGCCAGGCACCACACGUUUUUUGCUCCCUGCCAGGCACCACACGUUUUUCCUUCUCUGCCAGACACCACACGUUUUUUGUUCUCUGCCAGACACCACACGUUUUUUGUUCUCUGCCAGACACCACACGUUUUUUGUUCUCUGCCAGACACCACACGUUUUUUGCUCCCUGCCAGGCACCACACGUUUUUUGCUCCCUGCCAGGCACCACACGUUUUUUGCUCCCUGCCAGGCACCACACGUUUUUUGCUCCCUGCCAGGCACCACACGUUUUUUGCUCCCUGCCAGGCACCACACGUUUUUCGCUCCCUGCCAGGCACCACACGUUUUUCGCUCCCUGCCAGGCACCACACGUUUUUCGUUCUCUGCCAGGCACCACACGUUUUUUCGUUCUCUGCCAGACACCACACGUUUUUUUGCUCCCUGCCAGGCACCACACGUUUUUUUGCUCCCUGCCAGGCACCACACGUUUUUUGUUCUCUGCCAGACAUUUCACAUUUUUGGUACCGGAGCUGGGAGAGAGCAAAAACGCGGACCCCCGAGGACAUGGUUGAGAAGCACCAUACAAAAUGAUUUGAGUAAUUCAAAGUUUAAAAUGCUUCAUCCUACUAAAAAUUCUAUCCUCUAAGUUAAUAAUUGCACUUGUGGCCAGUGUUUGAUGUGAAGGAAGCAAAGAAUUUUAACUUUAAACAUUCUAUGAAACCCAAAACAUAUUGGUCUCUCUUUUUUUACUUUUACAGGUAAAUCUGUUUGUAUAAUUAUUAUGUUUAGUAUACAAAGGCAUUGUAAUCCAACAUUUUAUAUAAAUGGCAGCUUAAAAUUUUUAUUUUAUAUCCAGAACCUUUUGUGUGGGGUUUGUGUCCCUCCUCCCUUUGUAAAAUGUAAUGUGAAUUUUUGUCCAGUAAAUUUUGUGUAAGGGACUAGUUAA